AUGUCGCACUCUGCCGAUCUCCAGUGGAUCCUGGUCCGCCAGAGCAGCCGCUUCCUGCAGAAGCGCGGCGGCAUCCGCAUGAGCAACGACCCGUUUAACAACAACGGCAGCUGGACGAAGCGCCAGUCUGGCUUCCUGAACGGGAAGGCCGCUGUUGUGAAGCCGGCGAAGGCUGGCAUGAUCUGCGUGACGGUGAAGGAUGGCAGCAACAACAACAAGCCGAGGCUGGCGUACAAGAAGGUUGUGCAGGCUGCUGGCGUGAAGGCGUCUGACGUGAGCCGCGCCGUGGCUGCUGUGCGGCCGGACCUCGCGAGUGUGGCGUUCCGCCGCGCGCGCCGGAUGGCCCGCAUUGCGAGUCGCACGACGAAGGUUGCUGCUGCGCGCAAGGCCCGCUCCGAGAAGAUCAGGUUCUCGCGCAAGUGCGUGCGUGCGAAGCGCAACUAG